AUGUCAACAGUUCAACCACCAACAGUUUCUUCAAUUCCUGCACUUCAUGCUUUCGAUUCUCGCACAAGUUCCUGGCAAUCUUAUCGAGAUCGAAUUAGUUUUUAUUUUCAAGCAAAUCGUAUUCACACGGAUGAAGAUAAAAAAGCACUUUUUCUUUGGUCUGUUGGUGAUACAACAUACAAUUUACUAGAAUCAUUGAUCUCACCUCGAUCAUUAACUGAUGAAGAUACAAUGUUCACCGAUUUAAUCAAGUUGUUAGAUGCUCAUUAUGAUGCAACAAAGAACAUUAUGACGUCCACAUAUGAUUUCUACUCAUGCUAUCAAAAAUCAGGACAAACAUUCACUGAAUGGAAAGCUGAAUUAUGUGAAAAACUACGCCAUUGUGGAUUUACUACAUCUGCUUUAAAAGAUAAACCACAAGACCGUGCACUUCGAGAUAUGUAUGUUAUUGGAAUUAAAAGUCAAAAAAUUCGACAAGCAUUACUCAAGGAACAAGAUCCUGACUUAGAAACAACAGAAAAAAUUAUCCAAUUAGCUGAACGCUUAGAAGAAGAUGUUCGCCACUUUGGUAAUCCAAUUAAACAUGAUGAUUAUGCAGUGGCAAAGCUACACAAUUCUCAACCCAAACGAGAAAAACAACCACAAAAUAAAUCAUUUGUAAAAAAUGAAUAUAAACCAUGUGAAACAUGUGGUUCAACUAGACAUCUUCGAUCAAAAUGCCGAUAUCGUGAGUUUAUUUGUAACUUUUGCAAAAAAACCGGUCAUUUAGAAAAAGUAUGUCGACAAAAGAAAAAUGAAAAACUUUCUACAAAACAUAUUGCAACAAUUUAUAAAUUGAACUGUUCCAAUCAAACAAAUCAAUCCAUUAAACAUUCAUCAACAAUUCCAUUAAAAGUCAACGGUUAUGAUUUUACCUUUGAACUUGAUACCGGAACAUUUAAUACAAUUAUUAGUAUGGAGGAUUGGUACAAAUUAGGAUCACCGACCAUUCAUCCAUCAAAAUUGAAAUUAAAAUGUUACAGUGGUAAUGCUCUUAAAAUUAAAGGUGAAUGUAAUGUUAAAGUACAAUACCAAAACCAAAGUUAUAAUUUAUCUAUGAUUAUUAUUUAUGGUGCAAGUCCACCUCUUCUUGGUCUUCAAUGGAUUAACAUAAUGCAACUCGACUUAAAUCAACUCAUUCAUGCACAACAUUCUGUUCAACAUUCAAUUCACAAGAUUUAUACCUCCUCAAAACUUCAAACAACCUUGCAAAAACACAAAAAUGUAUUACGAAGUUAUCGCUGGACUCCACAUACCACAACUGGUACUUAUCCGGCAAACAUGUUGUUACAACAUCAAAUCAGAACUGAAUUAGACAUAAUGAAACCUCAUGAAUCAAUUAAACCACGACAACAAACAAAAUAUGCUGUUGGACAGUUAGUUUGGACAUUGAAGCAUCAACUUAACAAACGACCCCAAUGGCAACAGGCAAUCAUUACGAAAAAUAUCAGUUCAAUGAUUUAUGAAAUUCAAUUACGUGAUGGACAACGUUAUAAACGUCAUCAAAAUCAACUUCGUCCUCGUUAUUCUUCAAAUACUCAAUCAUCUGAAAUAGGCAGUCUACCUGAUGAUUUAUUAAAUACUAAAUCGCAAUCAAAGACUACUACGUUUUCACAUUCAUCAUCACCGAGGUAUCGUCCUCGUCGAAAUCGAAAACCACCUGAUCGUUACACACCUUAG